CAAACUUAACCAAAAAUUCUAGAAGCAUCUUAUUUUUUGCAGAAAAGUCCUCCUCUUGAACCUUCUAGGGUUUUGUUAUCCUCUUCUUACCUACUCUCCUCCAUAUUUCCAUCAAUCUACUCCAGUUGAGAAGAAGAAAAAACUUAUCCAAAUUCAGAAAAAAAAUGGCGUCCACUCAGCUAACAGCAUCCUCUAUCUCUGGCAAUGGUUUUGCAUCCUUUGAAGGGCUCAGGUCCACUUGCAUUGUAAAGACCGUAUCUUUUGCCCCUUUGAAGCACAACAACAGCAGGUCUUUUAGUCGUCUUGUUGUCAAGGCGGCCACCACCGUAGCUCCUAAGUACACUACACUUAAGCCUUUGGGCGACAGAGUCUUGGUGAAGAUUAAAACUGCAGAGGAGAAGACUGUUGGUGGUAUCCUACUUCCAGUAACAGCCCAGUCGAAACCUAAUGGAGGUGAGGUGGUUGCUGUUGGGGAGGGUCAUUCAGCUGGCAAAAUCAAAGUGGACAUUAGUGUGAAGACUGGUGCCCAAGUCAUCUACUCGAAGUACGCGGGAACUGAGGUGGAGUUUGAUGGAUCAAAGCACCUCAUUCUGAAAGAGGAUGAUAUUGUUGGUAUUCUUGAGACAGAUGAUGUCAAGGAUCUGCAGCCAUUAAAUGACAGAGUCCUAAUCAAGGUUGCCGAAGCUGAAGAAAAAACCGCUGGAGGUUUACUGUUGACUGAGGCAGCCAAGGAGAAGCCUUCAAUUGGCACGAUUAUAGCUGUCGGGCCUGGUCCUCUUGAUGAAGAAGGGAACAGGAAACCACUUUCAGUAUCCCCAGGAAAUACAGUUCUCUAUUCCAAAUAUGCCGGCAGUGAAUUCAAAGGUGCUGAUGGAUCUGAUUAUAUUACACUCAGGGUGUCUGAUGUAAUGGCUGUGCUAUCUUAGUGGGGCUAUUGAGUUAUUCCGUGCCAAAAUUUUCAGCAGAGAUCUAGGAAGGAGGAAGCUGCAUCCAACUUUCGAGUGAGGAGUAAUACUCUCUGCAAAUUAAUGAUUAAUAUCUCAAGUGUAGAAUCAAUUUUCUGAACUCAUUUCUGUUCUUGAUUUGAGGAAUUAGCCUUUGGGAAUUUUGUAUGUUAAAAGAUUGAAAACUGCAGAAUAUGAGAGAUUAGCAAUAAUAUUUGCAUAAUUCACUUAUUGGAUUGUGUUCAA